CUGCUUGGAAACCGAGAGAGGAACUGUUGUUGAUCCUCCGAGGCUGUGACAUCACAAGCUGAGGCUGCUCCCCAAAGCCAGCCCGGCGCAUUCCGGAGGGAAAUGCCAAAUUUUGGGCUUUUCCCCGCUCCCUCCCCGCGCUGCCAUCCCCCUGCCCCGCGGCUGUAGCGCAUCCCAAAAACCGGCAGGGCGGGAUGGCAGCGCGGAGAGACCCGAGAGCCGUGCAGAAGCUCAUCUCCUUCGGGACCACGCAGGAUCGGAAGAUGUUCCCGCACCACCACGCCCCGGACAGGCUGGGCAUUGCCACGCCGGGGGUGCGGGGCAGCCCCGCCCUGGGGCCGGGCUCGUACCUGGGGCCGCAGACAGAAUUCCUCCAAUCCUCCUUCAGCACCCGCCCCAUGAGCAGCCGGGGCUACACCCUGGGAGCCAGGACAGCCCCUCGCUUCCAGCAGCGAGCUCAGGUGGUGACUCCUGGCCCUGCCACCUACCAGCCCAUCCUGGGGGAGGAGAGGAGGUGGCAGCAGAGCCGCGUCCCCUUCUCCUCCAGCAGCCCUCGCUUCCCAACCAGGAUUCUGGAAAAAGAGUUUUACCCCGGGCCUGGAAAUUACGACGUGGAUCAGCCUCUGAACAGGAAAGUCACCUGGCCCAUGAAAUUUGGGGCUCCAGACUGGGCAGCGGUGCCAGCACUGCCCCAGAAGAUGGUGAAGCUGGAGGUGCAGAAGAUGACUGUGGAUAAAAAUUUCCGGAAAAAUCAGGGCAGAAAAGCUUAUCUGAAAUUGUAUGAGAGCUGAGGAGCCAAAUCCUCCUUCCUUUGGAGACACCAGGCUGAAUAAAUCAAAUAUUUUAAACACAUUUAAACAUUUAAAUUUUGUUUAAAUUUUUUAAUUUUUUUAAUUUUUUAAAAUAUUUUAAAUGAGCUCUUGCUGAGCUGCAGCACUUGGGAAAAAAGUUAAUUCCAGAAUUCUUUGCCCCUUUUUAAUCCCUUU